AUGGCUAAUGUCUCAGUUGAAUUCCUUCAUUCAAUAACUGAUAUAUGGAGUAUUGGAAGAAUGACUAAUUACCGCCAUAAGGUCAUUAUCAAGAAUACAUCUCAGAAGCCACUCAAGAACCUCAAGUUGAAAAUUACAAAUCUCUCAGGGUCUUUAUGGGGUCUCUCCCCAACUAAAGAGAAGAACACAUAUAAGCUUCCUCAAUGGCUAAAAGUGUUAAGCCCUAAUUCGGAGUGCAGUUUUGUAUAUAUUCAAGGUGGUCCCCAAGCUAAGGUUUCUGUUCUAAGCUACCAUUGA